AUGUACCUGAAGGUGGCAUAUGCGUUGCUGGACAAAGAUGGCAGCUCCACCGUGGACUUCGAAGAGUGGGACAAGGCCACGCGCUCGAUCGGCUACUUUGGUCCCACCAGCAUCAUCUACCAAUAUUUGUGCAUCGAUGACAAGCUGAAGACCUUGACCAAACAGAGAUGGAACGAGGUGCUGGAUCUGUGGAGUAAUCGAGAGGCCAUUUAUCGCAAGAUUCUGGCAGGGGGUUGA